GCUGAAGGUGCAAGUUAGGACACAUCUUAAGGAUUAUUUUGAGGCCUUUCAUGCCACGACGGACAGUCAGACCUCCGAUAGAGGGGGAAAAAAACAACACAAACAAAACACAAAGUCGGGUCGGAUUUUUUGCUCGGAAACUCGUGCGGAAGUCUUGUGUCCUGCUCGAGGAGGUGAAAUGAGGUGAACUACUCAGAGGAGGAGGGAGUGGAGACAGACCCUUUCAAGAUGAGUUUCCCUAAGGAGCCACCAGGGGGGGCUACUGAGCAAACCUGGCGAGAAGAGAACAUGUUAAAAGACUCUUUGAAAAGGGAUUUCCCUGAGGAGCAGCCAGGGGUAGUUACUGAGCAAACUUGGGGAGAAGACAACAUGUUAAAAGACUCUUUAAAAAGGGGGUUCCUUAAGGAGCAGCCAGGGGGUGCUAACGAGCAAGUCUGGACUAAAGGAGCAUUUGGUCCAGAGGAUAUGAGCUCUCGGGUGCCUGGUGGGGGGAGUGUCCAGAAGUUUGCUGCCAGCCCCCAGCUGAGGGAUCCUCCAGGUGAACCAGAGGAGCCGGACAGGUUAAAAAGGCCUCGCUCUCCUGUACCCAGUGUGAUAUCCAUGAGGAGUGACAAGUCAAGGGAUAGACCAUUGGAUUUCAAAGGACAAGAGGUGUCAGCUGAGCAGGUGCUGUGUGAUGUUUGUCUAAGUCCAGCGGUGAAGAGCUGCCUGACCUGCAUGGACUCCUACUGUAUGAGCUGCAUCAGACCGCACUACUGUGAUCCAGACCUGCAGAGACACCAGCUGCAGGACCUCCAGCUACACGGGCAUGAUGCCACUGGGCAGGAUCCCCAAGGAAUACACCACAAGCCAUCUAUCAACAAAGAAUAUGUUCCUCCACCUGGACAGAUCCGGUUCCCCUCAGUGACACCAGACUCAGUUACUGUCAGCUGGUCACCACCAGAGGGAGCUCCUAGACCCCACAGCUACAGGGUGAGCUGGAGACGAGGCCUGAAGCAACGCAGUCUCACAGUGAAACGCUUGAAGGUGCAGGUGACAGGGCUACUUCCAGGACAGAAGUACCACUUUACUGUGGCCACCCUCAGAGAAGAUGGCUGCCAGAGCACAUGCGUGGAGAGAUCUGUUCAGACAGAAAUACCUGCGCCAGAGAAUCUCUGUGUGGACCUUCAGACAACACCGGCCUCUGUGAGGUGGACAAAGCCAGCCGGAGUGGACAACGUGUCUUACCUUCUGGACCUGCUCAGAGACGAGGAAUGUCUGAACACAGUUCACACAGACAGUGUUGAGUUCCUCCUGACUGGCCUGCAGCUGGACACAGAGUACACCGUUAGUGUGUCCACUAUACUGGAUGGUCAUGAUGGUCAGAGCCAACCGGUCUCAAAGAGAUUUACAAAUGGCCUGAGAGAGCGCUCCGAUGGUCUCCGGAUAGUGCUGCUGGGGAAGACUGGAGUUGGGAAGAGCUCGACAGGAAACACCAUCUUAGGCAGAGAAGCGUUCAAAGCAAAAGCAUCUGCUGAAUCAGUCACUAGCACGUGUCAGAGACAUUCAGCUGAAGUCUGUGGAAGGCAGAUUACUGUGAUUGACACUCCAGGGUUGUUUGAUACUGAUCUUGAUAAUAAGGACAUCCAGAAAGAAAUCACAAACUGCAUCUCACUGGUGCUGCCAGGUCCACAUGUGUUCCUCUUGCUGAUACAAGUGGGGCGAUUUACUGCAGAAGAGAGACAAGCAGUAGACAUCAUUCAAAGCACGUUUGGUGAAAACUCCAUAAAGUACACUAUAGUGCUCUUCACCAGAGGAGAUGAUCUGAAGAAUACACCCAUGGAAGAGUUCCUGGGAAAGCCUGGAUCUUCUCUUAUGAUCCUUACUGAACAAUGUGGUAAUAGAUACCAUGUGCUCAACAACAACGAGACCAAAGACCGUGCUCAGGUUUCUGCUCUCCUGGAUAAGAUCGACUACAUGGUGGCAGUGAAUGGAGGAGGUUAUUACACUAGUAGGAUGUUCCAGCAGGUGGAGAAGGCUCUCCAAGAAGAGAGAGAGAUGAAGAUGAAGGAGAGAGAGGAGGAACUGAUUAGAGAAAAGGAGGACAUGAGAAAGGAGAAGGAAGAUCUUCAGGCCAAAUAUAAAGACAAAAUGGAGAGAAUGAAGCAGACAAUGGAACAGGAAAGAAAGAAUGCAGAUGAAGAGAAAAGAAGAAGAGAAGAAGAGUUCAGGGAAAGAGAGCAGCGAUUUAAAACAGAAAUGAAAGAGAAAGAAGAGCAGAAGGAAAAGAUGCAAAUAGAAAGAGCAAGAGAACGAGAGGAAUGGGAGAAACAGAAUCAACAGGAACGGAAGAAAAGAGAUGAAGAAGAGAAGAGGAGAAAGGAAGAGGAACACAGUUGGAGUGAACGUUACGAGAAACUUAAUAAAGACAAGGAGAGAAUACAGCUGGAGAGAGGAAAACUUGAGAGAGAGAAAAAAGACCUGCAAGUGAAUUAUAGAGCAGAGAUAGAGAGAAUUGAACAAGAAAGACAAACUCAAGAGAGAGAGGCCAUACAGAGAGAGGAUGGAUUUAAAAAGAGAGAGCAACAGCUCAAAAUAGACAUUAAACAAAAGGAGGAACAGGAGAGAAAGAAGAGUGAGGAAAGGAAAAGAGAGCAAGAAGAAUGGAAGAAGAACAUAGAGGAAGAGAGAAAGAAACUGGAAGCCCAACACAAAGGAGAGAUGGAGAAACUGAAGAAGACUCUGGAGGAAGAACGACAACGUGAGGAGAGAGAGAGGAGGAGGGAGGAGGAGUGCAUUGCAAAACAAGAGAUCCGUAAAGAAAUAUAUUUUGUGGAUGCAUCUACAAUAAUCGUGGACUACAGUAACUGCAUUGGAAGAGGAUCAUAUGGAGCAGUUUACACAGGCUCAUACCAGGGAACUACUGUUGCUGUGAAGAUCAUGCCCAUUCGACACAGUUCAGUCAUCACAAAUGAGUUUCUCAUACCAUUGCGUUUGUCCCACCCCCACAUUGUGCGGAUGAUGGCUGUGGCCAGAAGUGAGACACAGAUCCUCAUUGCUAAUCAGUACAUCCAUGGAGCCAACUUGCAGCAGGUCCUUUGGAGAGACCCUCCCAGUAAGUUGCAGUAUGAGGAUAAGCUGUUUGUGGCUUUAGAGAUCGCUAUGGCUGUUGAGUACAUACAUGGAAAACAGAUCAUCCACCAAGAUCUGAAGCCAGCAAACAUAAUGAUUACAGCCGAUAGCAGAAAGGCCUAUCUCACGGACUGGGGCAUGGCCAACUGGCAGGAGACCAUGUCAAUGAGCACAGGAAGUGACCUAGGGGCCCAGUGUGGUCCAAUCGGGGGAACCCCCCCCUACAUGGCCCCCGAGUGCCUGGUGAACUGUGAGAACUGCAGCACCUCCUCCGACAUGUGGUCUCUGGGCAUCACUCUUCUGGAGAUGUUCACCAACUCUAAGCCCUGGACAUACAGCAGAGUUCAGGAGCUCCGCAGGUUUCUCUAUGAUCAACAGGCUCCACAUGCACUGGCUAAACUGCAGCCUCAGAUGGCUGGCGUCAUAACACCUCUGCUGGACUAUAAACCUGUAUCACGCAUGAGAGCCAAAGAUCUGGUGACACUGCUGAAGUCUAAAGUUGAUCUCACCAAAAGAUAUGGGUGCAGUUGGUAAAGUCAAGUCAAGUCAAGUCAAGUUUAUUUGUUUCAUACACAGAGGCAAUUCAAUGUGCUUUACAUAAACAAAAACCAAACAGUAAUAGCAGCAUAUAUGGGCAAAGAGUAAUAGUAAUAAUAAUAAUAAUAAUAGUAGUAGUAAUAAUAAUAAUAAUAAUAAUAAAAUGAUUAUAAUAGAAAAUAAAAAGAAAGCAUAAAUCAAGAUAAAAUCAAUAAAGAAAUGUGGACCCAUGACAUUUUGGAAUCUAACAAAGCAGCACGUGCCUUGUAAAAUUCACAUAUUUGCUGUGUGCACCACUUGUUUUUGCAUGUUUUCUACAUGGGAAGCACUUGCUUACCUCUUGAUGUUUUACAUUGAUGGCAGUCACCGGGUGGCUUUACAUUACAAACA